GGAGCGCAUCACUAGGGUACCGCUACACUCGCCUUGACCUACACUAGCGUGAGUUCUCUGGUUUAGAUCCACACAGUGAGGACAACCGCGUUCACAGCCACGCAGACUCUGCGUUUUGUCCCAGCUCUCAUCACCAACAAACCUCUUUUUCUGCCACGAUGCCUUCGAAUCAGAAUAUGCAAGGAGGUAAAACCUUUGGAUUACUGAAAGCCCAACAAAGGGAGAGGCUGGAAGAAAUAAACAAGGAGUUUAUGGAAGAUCAAAAGUACAGAGAUGAAGAGGAUCUUGCUGAGAAACUGGACUCCUUUAAAAAUAAAUAUGCAGAGUUUGACCUUAACGACCAAGGAGAGAUUGACAUGAUGGGUAUGAAGCGCAUGAUGGAGAAGCUGGGCGUUCCGAAGACUCACCUGGAGAUGAAGAAGAUGAUCUCGGAGGUGACGGGAGGCGUCAGUGACACCAUCAACUACCGCGACUUCGUCAAGAUGAUGCUGGGCAAGAGAUCGGCCGUGCUCAAACUGGUGAUGAUAUUUGAGGACAAGGCCAACGGUGCCAGCGCUAAACCCAGCGGUCCAUCCAAUGGUCCACCACCCAAACGAGACAUUGCCAGCCUACCAUAGACCAGAGGACUAGUGGCUUCCUGAUCUGGACCCGCCCUAACCCUCGCACCCAAACCACAACAUGUACAUAGCCUUACCCAGCAUUUGCUCCAGUGGAAGCUCAGUGGCUCGGAAGAGAGCAAAGAUGAAAAAUCACAAACAAAAAGAAAUGGAAGGAAAAAAAAUCUAUCUAUAUAUUUGCUGUGAAGACAUAAUGGCGCAAAGUAGCUUUUUUAUGAAGAAAAAAACUCAGUGUAUAUAUUUAUAUAAAAUGGUGACGGCAAUUCUGGUGUUUCUAAUUAGCGUUUGCACCCCUUAAUGAAGUAACUAAGUCGUUUUUUAAGAUGAUGGUCCAGUAAUGUAUCUGUUAGUGGCGUGGCUGCUACAUCCAACAUUAAUGCUCUUAGUAGUAUAACAUAAAAUGUUUUUUAAGUGUAGUUUAGAUGUCUGGGCUGAAUAACUUUUACCCAAUUCCUAAGAGAAACGCAACGAUUGUGGCGUUUACAAUUGUAAGUUACGGGAGUGUGUGAUGUUAAAUUGUUAUGCUUUUUAUUAUUGUUGUUAUUCACAUGCGGUUGGUUGAGCUUGCCACGCAGACGUAGCUUCACCUAUGAAGUAUAAACUCUGAAGAGCACAGUAACCUUAGGAGCUAAGGUUUCAUCUAAUCAUGUGAGCUCUGUGUUGUGUGAUGUCAUGAAGGUUUAAGAGGGGCAGAUGUUAACUACAAUUCUAAUUCCAUUUUGUCACAAAGGCUGUUACCAUGGUUGUUAGCGCAGAGUGGUUAAUAUCUCCAUUUCUUUAUUCCAAACAGUGUGGAAUUUUUUGUAAUCUGUCAAGUAGGCUAGUCUUUGAAGAGAACUGUGGUGGAAGUCUUUUACCUUUACCUAAUUGUCUUGUGUACCCAUAAUAGUACUGUGAGGUUUUUUUUUAUGGUGGCGGUUGUCAUGGUGGGUAUGUGAUGUGAGCUAGACAAUCGUCUUAUAUCCUCCUGAGAUGUGAAUCCUGAGAGGGGCGCUCUGAGACCCGCUGGAACUCUCUCGCUCUCCAGAGAGAGAGAGAGGGAGAGAGAGAGAGAGAGGGAGGGAGGGGAAAAGGCCAAACCGAGCUGCUUAUUUCUGCUGGUCUGCUUUAGUGCAGGGGAAAGGGAUGAAGUGGAGAACCGUGCGUUAGAGUUUGAGGCUUGCCUAAGGCCACAUUCCACACCGCUUAGUUUGGCUCCAGCAGCUCUCCUCUCUCUCCUCCCUCGUUCACCCUCUCCUCUCCGACUAUUCUUUCCUGUCUUCCUCAGCACGUGACGUACCCCUGAGUUUGACCCGAGUCGGGCUGGUUGUGUGUGUGUUUGUGUGUGUGUGUCUACGUGAUCACAGCACAGGUAGUCAAGUUGAAUACUGAAGCACAAAUGUACAGUAAGCCUUUUUCUCUGUUUGCAAUGCAUGUUGG